GCGCGUUUUGCCGCCGUAGCCCAUUGGGUCACUGAUCUGUUACAAUGGUAUCAGAGGCUGACGUCAUGACGAUCUCAUGACGCUUUCCUUCGACCCAAGGGUCGUGGGCUCGAAUCCCUCAGGGCAACUCAGGUGAUAGUCCCUCUUCCUGAAUCCUGAGGGGGUUGAGUUGGGGGUAAUGUGAUGGUACUAGGCUACUACGACAUCUGGCCUAGUCACAUCACAACUCUCAGUCCGGAAUUACUAGUCAAAUAGUAAUUCGGCGGCAGAAAGUAUCGUUGCGCACGUUUUUGCCGUCGUAGCCCAGUGGGUUACCGAUCUAUUACAUUGCAGCUCCGAGUACAGGGAUGGAAGAGGGUUUUGCCCACAGCGCUGAGGCGAAGGAAAGGGAGAUGGGGGUUCUGUUGGCGGAGAAGAUUUCUGAGAUAGAGGACCUGCAGCUAGUAGAAAGUCGGUUGCGUGCGCAGAAGAAGAAGCUCGAGCAACAGCUCGACAAGGCUCGGCAGAAUGGUGGAAAGCUCAGAAAUCGGUUUGAGAAGGACUACAAGGAUCCGGUGAAGGGAGGAGCAGAGAAGAAGAGGAGCAAAGAGGCCUUCGCCUGCAACGGUGAAGAAGCUCGCGACUUGCCCUUCACAGCUUAGGAAGCGCAAGCGCUUGGCGGCAUACCCGGAGGUUGCGACUCGUUCUCGCAGCUGACCGGGAGUGCCUGCACGGUGGACAUGCUGCGAAACCCGAUGCGGGGGGACACACUUAAGAAGCUGCGGCAAGAAGCGGGACAUGCGGCGCUGGACGAGGUGGGGGUCAAUAUGACGGCGGCGCUGGCGCUGACUGGACUUGAGCUGGGGGAUGGGAACAUGAAGAUGUACAUGGCCUUGUACGGCUCUGUGAAGGCUGCCACCCAGGACACCGGGUACAAGAUGACCAGCAUGCCCAACCCGCACAAGGUCAAUCUGGAGCGGAAGGCGCUCAUCGAGGAGGUUCCAAAGGCGAUUGGGAAGAUCGAGGUGAACUGGCGGCACACCCGCAUGGUAUAUGACAAGGAGCUGAAGAAGGAGGUGGAGGACUGAGGUCAUGAAGGACAACGUGUGGUUGGGAACGUUGUCCGCGGUCGCGCAGCUCGUCAAGUUUUACGGCAUGUCAGGUCAUAUGGCAUCGUUGUUGUGAGGAAUCGCAAAUGUAACUUUAUUGAAAUUGACUUGUGAAGUUGAAGGAGUUUAUAAUGUUGAAGUGGGAAAUAGCGACCAAGGUGCCGGUUGCGCAAUGUGAUUAGGGCUAGAUGUUGUAAGAUGUGCAGCCCGAACACACGGGUAAUAGUAGUAGUAGCAAUUAGCAAGGAGAAGUGUUGUUAAUUGGCUAACUAGCGAACGGUUGUGACGGUUGCGCCCAAAGCGAGGCGGAAUUAAAGUGGGCGUGGGCCGUCACACCGACGGCAUCACCGUAGCGUGACGGCGACAGAAACCAAUCAACAUUUACCCUCCGAUAGAUUCAACUCGGUGGUUUGUACCGACCACACGUCUUCCGCGCAGUCCUCUCGAGCCACUCGGCUCUCAUCUUCUCGAAAAGUGGGGACCCGAGCUUCGGGUUUUCCUUAAGCCCCACCUUCUCCCCGGACCCGGGGGUUGGGGUUUUCUCC